AUGGUGAGUUCGAAAAGCCUGGCAAGCCGAGCGAAGAUGCCACCAAAGCGUCAGCGAGCGCCAGGUUGCUCGCAGAGCUUGGGCCCAGGUAUGCAGUGCCCGCUGCAGGUGCAGGUGGGGGAGGACAGCCUGGUUUUGGGCAUUUGUGGACCCAGCGAGCUUCGUGGCCUCGAGCGAAGCCGCAAGCAGCUAGCACCUCAACGUCGGUCGGCAGUCCCCAAGUCAACGAGGCUGGUUUCCGCGGAGGCAGUGCUGAGAGCAAGGCUUCGGUGCCUUGCGAAGGAGGCUUGCAGCGAGAUGCUUUGGCCAUGUGUUGGUCGUCGGGAUGUGGUGCAGCACAUCAUGUCUUUCAUCCAAAGCGAUAGGCCGCUGAUUGAUACGGAAGUGGGAGGCAAGAUGUUUCAGGACACAGGCUCGGCAAACUUGGACCUCUUCUUCCAGUCGGUUCCACAAGGAAGGCCGAAGGGGGACGAACAGUUGAAGGGGCUGCUAGAGAAGGCUUGGGCCGAGAGUCCAGAGGUUUGUCUGAAGCAGAUGUUCCUUCUCGGAUCCCGGGAUGGCAAGCAGGACAGGUAUUCCUUUUACGAUGCCAUGAUGUGGCUUUGGCACAAGGACCCCCACACCCUGCCGGCCAACUUGCACCUGGUGCCUGAGUGCAACUACUGGAAGGGCUUGCUGGAGAUACUGGCGCGCAUCUGUGAAGGCCCGGUGCGCAGCUUGCAGCGGGACUUGGCCCUGCAUUCGCACUACAAGCGCUGCCACAAGCCGCCCGCCAGCACGUAUCGGAUGGAGGAUGCCGGCAUCAAAGGGGAAGGCAACUUCUGGCCGGGCUCUCGUCUGCAGUUGGCGGAGGAAGCCCUGAAGCGUUACGACAGGGACCCGGUCUACCGAUCGCUCUUCGAACGCAUCGCACGACUCUUUGCAGAGCAGCUGCGCGUGGACCUCGCGGCCAUGCGCCGAGGCCAGAAGGUGAGGCUUUGCGCGAAGUGGUGCCCUCUGCUGUACCAUUCCUUUGAUCGCCGGACCCUCCUUUGCGAGGGUAUUGCCCGCUGGCUCUUCCCGGCGACCUUGCCAGAGUUUGCAGGCUGCAGCGAGCGACAGUAUGCCUACAGAGCUCGCGAUUUGCUGCGGGAGCGGCUCUCUGAGCUCACCGAGUACAUGAAGCUCCCGGAGAGGCUGAUCUGCCAGCAUCGAUGGGCUGAGAUCCGACACAAAUCGUUUCCCGCGGCUUGCCUGACCAAGCAUGCCAAGAGCUUCGAGAAGCACGACUCCGUCAGGUUCAGAGAGUUCAUGGACAAGGUCGAGGGCGGAAAGGUCCGGGUGAACACCGGAGCUCUGCAGCCACACGAGAUCUUGAAGCGCGUGCAACGGGCCGCUGGCAAAUAUGGCAAGGCCUUGGCGCAAGGACAAUGGCGGGCCAUGGUGGAGCGAAUCCGCGAAGCUGGCCAACUGCAGGAUUGCAUCGCUGUGUGCGACGUGUCGGGCUCUAUGUCCUGCGAGGCCGCACCAAACAUCAGCUGCAUGGACGUGGCCAUCGCACUGUCCUUGCUAGUGGCGGAGCUUUCUUCCGGGCCCCUGGCACGUCAAGUCAUCACGUUCCACGAGCGACCGUCCCUGGUCAAAUUUCCCGACACUUCGGACCUGUGCGAGUUGGUGAGCUUCAUUAUGCGGUUGGAUUGGGGUGGGAGCACCAACUUUCACCGAGUCUUCCAGCUCUUGGAGAAUGUUCCCCAACCGCCCAAGAAAAUCUUAGUCUGCUCUGACAUGCAGUUCGCCAAUGCCGGUGGCAACGCCACAGUGCUGGGGCAGAUUCAGCGGAACCAUCGGCCGGACCAUGCCUGA